UUUUCACUGCAGGAAUAACUUGAGCUCAUCCUUGACAUAACCACCAUGUCUCUGACCAAGUCUGACAAAACUAUCAUUGCCUCCAUUUGGAGCAAGAUUGCCACCCAGGCUGAUUGCAUUGGCACUGAGGCCUUGGAGAGACUCUUCACCAGCUACCCCCAGACCAAGACCUACUUCCCCCACUUUGACCUGCACCAUGGCUCAGCCCAGCUGCAUGCCCAUGGUGCCAAGGUGGUCAGUGCUAUUGGGGACGCUGUCAAGAACAUUGACAACAUUAAGAGUGCCCUGGCCAAGCUCAGUGAACUCCAUGCCUACAUCCUCAGAGUGGACCCUGUUAACUUCAAGCUCCUAUCUCACUGCCUCCUGGUUACUGUUGCUGCCCACUUCCCUGCUGACUUCACUGCAGAGGCCCAAGCUGCCUGGGACAAAUUCUUGACCAUUGUGAGCUCAGUCCUGACCGAGAAGUACAGAUGAGCCUUCUGGGACCUAAAGCCCUGGGAAGACAAAGGGGGCUUUGCUGUCAUUGAGCCCUGGAGUUUCAUCUUACCCUUUUGUCCCUUUCCACGAGCUCCCUUCUCCAAUACUGUUCUGUCCUU